AUGUCCGACCUCACUAUCUUCUGUCUCACCGAUGGAGAACCCACGUCGAAUGCAUUUUCCGUCAAGAUCCCCUCGAAAAAAGAAACUGUGGAUCGCCUCAAGGAGCUCAUCAAGGCCAAGAAAACUGUCGCUUUUGCUGAUGUCGACGCUGACAAGCUUACGCUCUGGCGCGUCUCGGUUCCUGUCGUCGCUACCAACAUCGACAAUGCGGUCUUCCUGAACGAGAUCAAUUCCAAGACGAAGCUCAUUCCAACAGAUGAUGUCUCUAAAGUCUUCCCAAAGACGCCAGCCAAGAACACAAUCCACAUCAUUGUGCAACGCCCGCCGCUAGGUAUUGUACUCCAUUCAAUUUGCAUCGGUGCCUGGACUUUCCGGCUAUGCUGCUGUGCUCCUAUUUGACUUGCUCGUUAUCGUUGUCUCUCUAUAUUUCUACAGGCAUCAGCGAGCUGGAUAUUUUGAGCCGAGUUCUACCAAAUGUUACAUAUGCCCUUUCCUCCGACAAGGUUCCUUCCAAAGCUACUACGGUAUCUCCAUUCAGACGAACACCUACGGAGGUUGUCGAGUGGGGUGGUUUUCUGGGAGAAAUGGCAUCUUAUACACCCUCCAGCAAUCGGACAUUCGAAGAACGCCGUUUUCAAUUUGCUGAACGCUGUCG